CCGAGGACCCUUGCCUCGCAAAUGGCAAACGCGGCCAAACCGAUGCAUGACCCUUUCGCGACCUGGCGGUGGUCGGCGGCUGGCAUUGUGCGCCCGCCGAGCAGAACCCCGCCCCACUCUCUAAUUGUAGGACGCGAACGGUGGCCUGGGAACCGCCGUUAUCGUGGCUCGGACCGUCGUGCGGCUUUUGGACGAACUCAAACGAGACGAAGGGACUGAACGAGGCAAGCCAGCUUAAGGUUCACCGCGGAAUCGUCAUCAGUCAUGUCGGCUGUACGUGAGGACCGCGUACGGAACAGCACCGAGAACCAGCUCGAUCUCCAAAUAUGUUCGAAAACAAGGGACGCGUCCCAGCCGCGAUGUACGUACGCAUUGGGUUCCAGCAAGCGCUUCUAUCCCCGGAGGGCUGUACCUUGACAAACUGCUCUCACGCUUGUCCCUCCUGAGUCUAUCCCUUUUCGCUAUCUUCCAGAAAGUCUCUCGCCAUCAAAUCGCACGGGCACCUUGACCCAGCCCACUGUCCAUCCUUCACGCCGGGAAUCUUGCCCUGCCGCCUAUGAACGUGGCUCAACACGAAGCGCGCUCCGGCCUCUCCUUGACAUUUUGUAUAUAUAGUCAGCACCCGAUGCCACCACCUCCCGCUUCUGCCAAUGCUCUGUCCACCUCUCAGCACACGACCAAUGCCGAAGGCUUCGUCUUCCACCGCUGCGUUCUACGACAAGGCUCGCUCGUCGUCGCCGUCGACCGACGAGCUCUCUGAUGCGCCCAUCACCGGGACCGACGCGGCCGUCAAGUCGAUCCUCAACUCGCGCAAGUGCUGGAGAAGCCUCAAAGGCAAAGAGGAGCCGGUCUGGCCGCCACAUCUCGAAGCGGCACUCAUCGAAGGGCUCGAGAAGUACAGGCCGUCCGAGUCCAAGUCGACGCGCACGCUGGGGCGCUUCCCCAUGCGCAACAAGUUCGUUGCGGACCACAUCCUCGAGAAGACGGGCAUCAAGCGGACACCGAAGCAGGUCGGCAGCCGCAUCCAGCAGCUGCGCGACACCCAAACGGGCAAAGAGAUCCUGAAGGUCAUCUCCGACCGCCACUACGAGAUGAUGCACCCCAAGAGGGCAUUGACGUCGUCCGAAAAGUUGUCGCAGCCGUCUUCGUCGCGGCCCCGCCACUAUCCGUCGUUGGUGCAAACCACCACGCCCAGCCACGUCUACAUCCAGUCGCUGCCUGCAAGUGCGGCGUGGCACAUGCACAACUUUGGCGGGUGCCCGUCCACCAUGAGCGACAUCUACUCACCGCACCCGCGUCCGCUGCGCAUGAUCGACCCGACCGUGACAUUCAACUCGAUGAGCCAGACUCCUUGCCAGGCGAUCUUCACCGUCUUUCGCGACGGCCAGAUCGUGCACCAGGAGGUCGCGAUGGUGUCCAUCCGCUCCGCUGCCCCUGCGCCGGGCGCGGCGCCGUCCUGGCUGUACACCACCUCUCUCGCCCCGACGUUCUGGCAGCACCUGUGCGACUCUGAGGAGCCGGCGUCGUACAUGAUCCACCAGGAGGUCGUCCGCAUGCCGCUGGUGCACCACGCGCAGCCGCCGCCGCUGCUGUCGGUGUACUACCACUUUGUGAACGCCGCGUCCUCGACGCCGCCUCUGUCUCCCCGCUCCAGCUGCGGCGACUCCGAGACGGACGUGACGUCGUCGCUCUCGCGGGAGUCUUCGCCCAACUACCGCGCCCGCUCCCUCGAUGACGUCGACGUCAAGCCUUUCAUGGGCGGGAACAUGUAUGCUGACACCCACACCCCGCCGUUGAUGUACAACCUCGAGGACGGCUACCCUGGCACGCAAGUCGACGCUUGGGGAUAUGCGCCCAACGCGGCGCUCCACGAGAUGCUCGCCGCGCCAUGUGACUCACUCUUCGAGCCUUAUAUUUCUCUCCAAUAGCGUCGCCCGGUGGCGCACCCCUCCGUCCGUCGCACCGCACCGCACGCAACUGACACUUGGACUCGCUUCUGUUCGCUCCAAAAGCUGUCUUCUCUCCGCUCUCACUGGCUGAAGUGCGCUCUUAUCUCUCCUCGCCUGACUCUUUUAGCAUAUACCCUACUGUAUCUCGCAUGUCCUGGCUCAGCAUUGCAUCCUCUCUGGUCUCUGGCUGUCGUUGUAGGCGUAAACUCAUAUCGAAACAAGCACACUCUUGUCUAAUAGAAAAAACUGUAUGCAUUGUCACACCAUCCG